AUGUCGCUCACAAUUACUCUUUAUCCCGUUGCAAAGUUUCGCAUUGAGUUCUCCCUUAUGCAGAGAGUAACACUGAAAGCAAAAGGCAAAACAGAGGAAGAAGAAGGUGAAGUUGUGUCACCGGGAGUCUCUUGUGAAGGCCCCGAGGUUAUUUCAAAGGAGGAGAAGGUGAGGAUUUUAUUGAAGGCGAAGGUGGUGGCGAAGAUGAGCCAUUACAAUGAUGACAAGCUUCUUUUGUUUAUAACGGAUAUUCUGCAAGACAUUGUGAACGUAUGA